ACUGCCGCCAACUCCCCAAUUCCUGAACUUUUCCACUCCUCAUUCUCUCAUCUCUCUCUCUCUCUCUCACUCUUCCUCAGUUGUUAGCGAUCGUGAACGUCGAUUCCAAAUUCAAAUUCUCCCCCUCUCUCAUUCUAAAAACCCUGACCUUCAUUUUCACGAUACACUGUACCUCUUAAACCCUAACCCCCCCCUCCCUCCCUCUCUCUCUCUCUCUCUCUAUCUCUCUCUCUCUCUCCAACUUUUGACACUCAACUGGCGCAGCAAUGUUCUCUCCGGGGACAAAGAAAUCCAAUAUCAGCGGUCGCAAAGACCGUCCUAGUCGUCUAGGUCACCCUCCUCCUGAUUCACCGAUCACUCCUCUUGCAGAGAAUCGCAUAUCUCUUCACGACAAUUCAAUCCCUAACCGGCCCUCCACCGGCACUCCUGCUCCAUGGGCUCCUCGCUUAUCUGUUCUCGCCAGAAUUCCACCAGUCAAGAAAAGUGAGAAAGUGGAUGAUUCAGAUCCAGUUCAACCUGUUUUUGUUGGAGAGUUUCCCCAAAUGGUUCGUGAUGAACAAGCUAAUCUCUUGCAGAAGCGUAUUCCUGGUGAAUUGUGCAUCUCUGGUGGAAUGGACAAGGAAUCUUCCCUUGCAUGGAUUGUUUGUGGGAAUAGGCUCUUUGUUUGGAGUUACUUGUCACCUGCAGCUUCAAGAAAAUGUAUUGUUCUUGAUCUUCCUCCUAGCAUUUUGGAAGACGGAGGGAUUGGAAAAAAUUCUAGUACCGGUAACAGUUGGAUGCUCUUCAUUGUCAAUUGGCAUAGCACACGUAGGAACAUAGACAAAGUUGUUCAACAGUUUAACUCUGCUGGUAUUGUUAUGUGUAAUCAGAGAACUCGAACUCUUAUAUACUGGCCAGACAUAUAUUCUGAAGGUGGGAGUUCUCCAAUUACAAGUCUUGCAUCUAUUGAUGAAUUAGAGAUGACAUAUUCACCUACUGAUGGGAAGACCACCCCAAAACGGCAGCACAGCAAGCCAGGAAGCAGUUCAGCUGGAUCAGGUUGUUUAAACUCUUUGAUUGCUUCCGCGAUCCCUGGUAGCAGACACAUCUGUGUUGCUCUUGCAUGUGGUUCCAAUGGUGAGCUUUGGCAAUUCUUCUGCAGCCCCGCUGGCAUUCACAGGAAAAAGAUUUAUUCGGACCUUUUGAGUUCAGCUUCUCAAGGCAGUGAUAGUAGUCAGCUUGUGGGGAGCAAGGGGUAUCCAAGGUCAUUGAUUUGGCGUUCUUCACGUCAUUAUGCAGAGGAAACUAGUAGGCAGUUUUUCUUACUAACGGAUCAUGAGAUACAGUGUUUCACUAUUACACUUUCUCCUGAUACAACUGUGUUGAAACUCUGGUCUCAUGAAAUUAUAGGAGCUGAUGGUGAUUUGGGCAUCCAGAAGAAUUUGGCUGGUCAGAAACGGAUCUGGCCUCUGGAUCUGCAGGUUGACAACCAUGGCAAAGUAAUUACCAUUCUCAUUGCCACAUUCUGCAAAGACCGGUUAAGCAGUUCAAGCUACAUAGAGUACUCACUUCUGACCAUGCAAUAUAGGUCUGGGGUAAAUAUCUCCCCCGAAAAUUUUGUGCCAAUACAAGAGAGGGUUUUGGAGAAAAAAGCUCCCAUCCAAGUGAUAAUCCCCAAAGCAAGAGUAGAAGAGGAGGACUUCUUAUUUUCCUUGAGAUUGCGGGUUGGGGGAAAGCCUUCUGGAUCUGCUAUUAUACUCUCUGGUGAUGGAACUGCUUCAGUCUCUCAUUACUGGAGAAAUUCCACCCGACUCUAUCAAUUUGAUCUACCUUAUGAUGCUGGAAAAGUUCUAGAUGCUUCAGUUUUCCCUUCCUCAGAGGAUGAUGAAGAUGGGGCAUGGGCUGUGCUCACCGAGAAAGCUGGAGUUUGGGCAAUUCCUGAGAAGGCUGUUUUACUAGGUGGAGUUGAACCACCUGAGCGAAGCUUGUCACGUAAAGGGAGCUCUAAUGAAGGAUCUGCACAGGAGGAGAGAAGAAACUUUACAUUUGCAGGCAAUAUUGCACCUAGAAGGGCUAGUUCAGAAGCAUGGGAUGCUGGAGACAGACAAAGGGCAGUUCUCACUGGAAUUGCACGUCGGACUGCUCAAGAUGAAGAGUCAGAAGCUUUAUUGAAUAAUCUUUUCCAUGAUUUUCUUUUAUCUGGGAAUAUUGAUGGCUCACUUGAUAAGCUUCGAAGUUCUGGGGCAUUCGAAAGGGAUGGAGAAACAAAUGUUUUUGCUCGGAUAAGCAAAUCAAUUGUUGACACCCUAGCUAAACAUUGGACAACAACCAGAGGUACCGAGAUUGUGGCUCUGGCUAUUGUGUCCACUCAACUCAUGGAUAAGCAGCAGAAGCAUCAAAAGUUUCUCCAGUUUCUUGCUUUAUCCAAGUGCCAUGAGGAAUUGUGUUCAAGACAGAGACAAUCGCUGCAUACUAUCAUGGAACAUGGUGAAAAGCUUGCUGCCAUGAUUCAGCUCAGGGAACUGCAAAACUUGAUUAGCCAGAACCGUUCAACUGGAGUUGGUUCCCCCUAUUCUAGUUCAGAAAGUGAAAUUUCUGGUUCCCUUUGGGAUCUGCUUCAAUUAGUUGGUGAGCGAGCCCGUCGGAAUACUGUUCUUCUUAUGGAUAGGGACAACAUUGAAGUAUUCUACAGUAAGGUUUCAGAUCUUGAAGAAUUGUUUUAUUGCUUAGAAAAACAACUAGGUUAUUUGAUCAGCACAGAGAUGCCACUUGUGGUUCAGAUUCAAAGAGCUUGUGAACUGUCAAAUGCAUGCGUGACUUUACUUCGCACAGCAUCGCAAUACAAAAAUGAGUAUCACAUGUGGUAUCCCGCUCCUGAGGGUUUAACACCAUGGUAUAGUCAACCAGUGGUAAGAAGUGGCCUGUGGAGCAUUGCCUCUUUCAUGCUUCAGCUGUUGAAUGAAAUGUCUCAUCUUGAUAUGUCUAGAAAAUCAGAUUUUUAUUCUAAUUUAGAAGUACUGGCUGAAGUAUUACUUGAGGCAUAUUCUGGUGCUAUUACGGCAAAAGUUGAGCGUGAAGAUGAAUACAGAGGAUUAUUGGAUGAAUACUGGAAAAGGAGAGAUGCUCUUCUUGACUCUCUUUACCAGCUGGUGAAAAGAUUGGUUGAAACCAGAUACCAGGACUCAAGUGAAGGAACUGAAGAGCAAAGUGAAGCAAAUCUUAGAAAGCUUUCAUUACAUUUGUUGUCUAUUGCAAAACGGCAUGAAGGAUAUCAAACUAUGUGGAAUAUAUGCUGUGAUCUAAAUGAUUCAGAACUCCUUAGAAACCUUAUGCAUGAGAGCAUGGGACCCAAAGGAGGGUUUAGUUAUUUUGUGUUCAAACAAUUGUAUGACAGCAAACAGUUUUCCAAGCUUCUAAGACUUGGGGAAGAGUUCCAGGAAGAGCUAGCUACUUUUCUAAAGCAGCACCGGGAUCUCCUAUGGCUUCAUGAAGUGUUCCUUCAUCAGUUUUGCUCAGCUUCCGAAAACCUUCAUGCAUUGGCUCUUUCUCAAGAUGAUAACUCAAUUGCGGAAGCUGUUGAGGGGACUGAGUCUUACGGCACAAAAAUGGAGCCAACUUUAGCAGAAAGAAAGCGUUUUCUGCAACUCUCAAAGAUUGCUGCAGUGGCAGGAAAGAAUGCUGAUUGUGACGAAAAGUUGAAGCGCAUUGAAGCUGAUUUGAGGAUUCUGAAAUUGCAGGAACAGAUUUUAGAACUUCUUCCUGAUGAUGAAGAAAAGAAAAACAUUGGAAAUCGGCUUCUUCCACCAGUAGACCUUAUUGAGCUGUGCCUAAAAAGUCAAAAUAGAGAGCUCUCAUUACAGCCUUUCGAUUUGUUUGCAUGGACCAGUUCCUCCUUUCUCAAAUGUAACAGAAGCCUUUUGGAGGAGUGCUGGAGGAAUGUAGCCAAUCAGGACGAUUGGGAAAAAAUCUAUCAAACAUCUAUAGCCGAGGGGUGGAGCGAUGACGAGUGCUUACAAGUUCUGAGAGAAACAAUGCUUUUCCAAGCUUCGAGCAGGUGUUAUGGACCUGAAGCAGAGACUUUUGAAGGUGGCUUUGACAAAGUGCUGCCACUGAGGCAAGAAAAUUUGGAGCUACAAACUCUGAAGGAUACGGGUUGUUCUGUUGAAGCAAUCUUGAUGCAGCACAAGGAUUUCCCUGACGCUGGCAAGCUUAUGCUGACUGGAAUCAUGUUGGGAGUUACCCAAGUUGAUACUGGAAUGGAAGAGGGUCCUACUCCAAUGAUAUGAUGAUAAACAUCCACUCCAAUACUUUCUCUUCUCUUGUUCUCUAAUUACAUUGAUGUUUAGCUUGAAGUCAAUUUGGUAAUUGGGGAAAGGAGUCGAACCGAGUAGGGAUCCUCUGUUCCCUUUUCCCUUGUGAUGAGGUUUCGGUGGUGUUUUUCUCAGUUUGGUCGAACCUUGAUCAAGAAUCUCCAGAGUCCCCUGAUGUGGAGCUUUCAUAAUUUCUGUGAACUGAUUGCAUAGUAUAUAUUGGCAUACAUUAAUAGUAGUAUAUCUGCUAGCAGUGUGGUUGGAUUGUUCUCACUUAUGUGGCUAUCUCAACCCACCGACAUGAAAAUGGAGUUCCAUUUGCUUUCUUUGCCUUGA